AAUGGUCAGUCACUCACAAAACACUUGAGUGGCUGCAGCGUCUUUUUCUCUUUCCUUUCCUUUUCCUUCUGUCAAAAUUUCCGUCUUCACUUCCUUCCACUCGCACCUUUUGUUUUCGCACGGACUCCCCUACAAACGACUCGCCGUGCACGGGAUUUCCCUUCCAACUUGGAUACGUUUGGCGACGUCAUUUGACGCGCGUGAUGCUACUGAUGAUGCUGAUGGUGGUGAUGAGGAUGCUGAGGAUGAAGGUGACGCUUCGGCCGCACUGAUCCGCGCGCGGGCAGCGCCAUGGCCGGCGGAAACUUAGGGCUUUGGACGGCACUUCUGGCGUGUGCGUGCGUGAGCGCGCAUCAGCCUACGGGAGGGAGUCGGGCCGGUCAAGGCGGACCCGGUGCCGAGCAGAAGCGCUACGAGACUACGGUCCCGCUUCAGCUGGUCGGACAAGAGUGGAAAGCGAUGCACCUGCUGCAAUCUCAGAAUCACCCGACGUCGCUAAAGCUGCGGAUCGAGGCGGAAGGUCGACAACUGCGUUUGAGGCUGCGCAAAAACCAGGGUCUGUUUGCAAGCGACUACAAAGAAACUCAUUACCUACGUGACGGCACCGCAGUCACAGGGUCGCACAACUCGCUGGCUCACUGCUACUACCACGGCGAGGUGGAGCGCCAUCCGGACUCGGACGUCAGCCUGAGCACCUGCAACUCCACACUCAAGGGCUUGAUAUCAGUGGACGGCAGAUCGUACAUGGUGGAACCAGCAGCCCACGGCACCCACGGCACUCACUGGAUCUACUCAACGCAACACCUCCACCUUACUAGCGGCACCUGCGGGCAUCCGUCCAACGGGUCGGAACCGCUCGCUCUGCCGGACGGCGACCCGUUCAAAUCCUUCAGCACCAGGCACAAGCGGCACAUCCAGAGCACCACCAAGUACGUGGAGCUGAUCAUCGUGGCCGACAACCGUGAGUUUCAGAAGCAAGGCAAAGACGUGGAGAAAGUCAAGCAGCGUCUGGCCGAGAUUGCCAAUUACGUGGACAAGUUCUACAGGGCCUUGAACAUCCGCGUGGCCCUGGUGGGGCUGGAGGUCUGGAGCGACAUGGACAAGUGUCCCGUCACGCAGGACCCCUUCACCACGCUGCAUGAGUUCCUGGACUGGAGGAAAGUCAAGCUGCUGCCUCGCAAGGCCCACGACAACGCCCAGCUCAUCAGCGGGGUGUACUUCCAAGGCACCACCAUCGGCAUGGCGCCCAUCAUGAGCAUGUGCACGGCCGAGCAGUCCGGAGGUAUCGUCAUGGAUCAUUCCGACAACCCCCUAGGUGCGGCCGUCACGCUGGCCCACGAGCUGGGCCACAACUUCGGCAUGAACCACGACACGCCCGAGCGGGGCUGCGGUUGCCGGGUAACGGCGCAGCGCGGCGGUUGCAUCAUGACUCCUUCCACCGGGUAUCCGUUUCCUACCGUGUUCAGCAGCUGCAGCAAGACGGAUCUGGUGGCCAGCUUGGACAAGGGGGUGGGCAUGUGUCUCUUCAACAUGCCCGAGGUCAAGGUGCUCUACGGCGGGCAGAAGUGCGGCAACGGCUACGUGGAGGAAGGCGAGGAGUGCGACUGCGGCGAACUCGAGGAAUGCCUGAAUCCGUGCUGCAACGCCACCACGUGCACCCUGAAGGGCCACGCCGUGUGCGCCCACGGCCAGUGCUGCCACGACUGCCAGCUGAAGCCGGCGGGAACGCCGUGCCGCGGGUCGGGCAACUCGUGCGACCUGCCCGAGUUCUGCACGGGCGUCGGCCCCCACUGCCCCGCCAACGUUUACCUACACGACGGGCACGCUUGCAGCGGCGCCGACGGCUACUGCUACAACGGCGUGUGCCAGACGCACGAGCAGCAGUGCGUGACGCUGUGGGGGCGAGGUGCCAAGGCCGCGCCCGGGAUCUGCUUUGAGAGAGUCAACUCGGCGGGCGAUCCCUACGGCAACUGUGGCAAAGACGCUAAAGGAUCCUUUGCCAAAUGUGAUGCACGGGACGCCCAAUGUGGUAAAGUCCAGUGCCAAGGGGGCGCCAACCGCCCCGUCAUUGGCACCAACGCCGUCUCCAUAGAAACCAACAUCCCUUUGCAGGAUGGCGGCCGGAUCCUGUGCCGCGGCACGCACGUCUACUUGGGCGACGACAUGCCAGACCCGGGCCUGGUGCUGACGGGGACCAAGUGCGGUGGCGGAAUGAUGUGCUUAAACCGCCGGUGCCAGAACGUCAGCGUUUUCGGUGUGCACGAGUGUGCCGCCAAGUGCAACGGGCGAGGGGUGUGCAACAACAACAAGAACUGUCACUGCGAGGCGCACCGCGCACCACCUUUCUGCGACACGUCCGGUUUCGGCGGCAGCGUGGACAGCGGUCCCGUCCGACUGGCGGAUGGCAUCCGUGUGACGGUGGGUGUCCUGGCGGUGCUGCUCUCCUUGGUGGGUGCUGCAGUGGUGGUGUGCAUCAAGUGGAAAAGUCUUCGCUGGGUGCUCUCCAGCACCAAGAAGGACCCAAUUGACAAGCUCAGAUCUGUAAAGGCCUCAACGGGUGCGGCAUCCACUCCCAAGCGGGAUCAGCCGACGGGUGCGCCGUCCCCAUCUCGACCGGCACCGCCUCUGCCCCACAGCGCCACCAUCUUCAAGCCCCCUCACAGGGGGGGGCCACAGGCGCCGCCACCGCCGCCGUACCCGUCGCACAGCCUGCACCGCUUGCCCCAGUACCAGCCAUUCACGCUGAGCGUGUCCUUGGGCCCGGCGCCGCCACCGCCCGCUCCUCAUCUUCGUCCUCACGUUCACGUGGCGGUGGCGAGAAGCACGGCUGGGGCGUUUGCCGGCCUCAACGUCUGCAAUACGAGCUCCAACUUGAUGUCGUGGAGCCACGCCAGCAUCUCUGGUCCCGAAAAAUCCUUUGUGCGUGAGGAUAAGUGGAAGCAGAACGGCCUGGCCCACCUCAGAAGCCCCUACCUGCAGACCCCCGGACCUCUCACCCUGCACUUGGACCCAGACCCAGGCGCCCACACCCGGCAAAAAGUGUGGCCAAGCAGCCCGCCACGCUACCCAAGCCUCGCGUGGUGGCCAACGUCAAGUACAGCAGAUGAUGAUGUCACAGCGGCGGCGGCGGCGGUGAAUGUUUGCACUUAGGACCGCCUUCAAAAAUGGCGGCCCUGGCACACCUUGGUGCUAAAAGUUCAGGUACACGCAAAUGAACUAUUUAUCUGAUCCCUAUUUAUUUGUUGCCACGCAGUGCACUGUGCCUGACACUUUUUUGUUUUGAGCCAUAUUAAGAGCCAAGAGUUACAGCCAUGUUUGUUGUCUUGUCCUCUCAUUUAUGUUUAAAAAAAAGAAAAGAAAAAGGUGAUUCUUACGAGCGCUUACCUGUGAGCAACCUUGACUUUUUCCAGUUUAGUCAUUUGGUGUGUGUUGACAGUCAAAUUUGUUUUUUAAAUUUUGUUUUGUUAGUGAAACAUCAAACGAACGACAAAAAAAACCCCAAUGUCUAAAAUGGGACUGAACUUGUUACUUUUGAUACAAUUGAGGCUGUGUCCAUGCACUAUUUUUUACUACUUUUUGCUUUUUUAAAAUAUCUAUAUCUAAUAUGAGUGUGCAUGCACGCGCGCACGUGUGUGUGUUCCAGGUGAACACGUUUUUCCAAGCCAAAUGUUUGAGACAUUCCAUGUGCAGUAAAGACUGUCCAAAGUG